AUGCCCCAGGACUGGAGGUACCGCCAGGUCAGGAAGCGCGCCACGGGGCUGUUCAUCACCACCAACAACCUGCCGGGCCCCAUGGCCACCAGCAUCUGCGGCGCCCUGGACCUCUCCUCGUCGCGCGGCCUGCAGGGGCGGCUGGCGACGCUCUUCUCAAAGCUGCCCCCCGGCGCGGUCGGCCGCUGGCUGGAGGUCAACACGCAGGUGGGACGCGGCGGGAGGGCGCGAGGGUCGGGGGGCCUGGCGGGCGGCGCGAUGCCCCGAGGGCUGUCUGUUGAGGAGCACUUCAAGCGGCUGUGCACCGUGGGGGUGCAGGAGCAGGUGGGGGACAAGGAGGAGCUGCUCUGGAACUCCUUUGUGACGCCCGUGUCCCUCAAAGCCGGGUUCAAGCUCGGGUCCCUGGGGCACAUCAAGGAGCUCAGCCAGCUGAUGGACUGGGUCGGGCAGGGCCAGGUGAAGCCGAGGCCGGGCGAGUCACAGGAGGUGCUGGACGCUUUCCUGACGGUUGUGGGGAAGCUGCACACCAUGCGCACUAGCUGCGAGGUGUACGUGUUCCUGGAGCGCACCAAAAUUAGGGCCAACGUGUACAUCAAGUUCGGCGACAGCGAGGGGGAGCGCGCCAAGGACUUCCGGGUGGCGAUGUGCACGAUGAGCGCCAGCGGCGUGCAGGGGUGCCUGGCCGUCACCAAGCUGGCGCCGCUGUUGUCGGCCAUGGACGGCUGGGCCGGCCACCCCGACAUGCGGGCUGAGUUUGACAGGGUGGUGACGGGUUACGACGAGGCCCACGCAGAGAUGCGCAAGGCUGGAGUGAGGGCAGAGGUGGAGCUGACGCUGGUGCCGACGGCGGACCCGGCGCGCGCGCCGACGUUGGAGAUCGGCCCUGUGCACGGCUGGGAGUGCCGCCGCGCGCUGGGCCUGCUGGAGGGCAGGACCUUUGAGCUGGAGGACGACGAGGCGGAGCGCGUGGAAGCCGACCUGCAGCUGGAGCUGCGCCCCUACCAGCGCUCCGCCCUGGCCUUCAUGUGCCGCCAGGAGUCGGCGGCCAACGGCGUGGCGCGCCACUUCUGGGCGCAGAUCCCGUGCGAGGCGGAAGGCCUGUGCUGCUUCUACAGCCCCUUCAAAGAGGAGCUGCUGUUCAGCCGCGACGAGACCACGCUCAGGCGUGAGGUCGGCGCCCACACCGCAGUGGGGUUCCUGUGCCUGGAGAUGGGCCUGGGCAAGACCGCGUGCGCGCUCGCCCUCGCCCUCGCGCGCCCGCCGCCGCCGCGCUGGCGCAGCCCGGCGUGGGUCGAGCCGUGCGCGGCGCCGCUCGCGAAUGAGCCGGCGAACCGCGUGCGCGGCGGGAUGCUGGUGGUGGUGCCGCCCACGCUGGUGGGGCAGUGGGAGCUUGAGCUGGAUAAGACCAUCGCCCCCGGCCGCUUCAGCAUCCUCAGGUUCCACGGCACCAAAAAAUGCCCCAACCUGGCGCAGCUGGCGAGGUACGACCUGGUCAUCACCACCACACAGACGGCGGCCAACAAUGUGGAGCUGCUGGGGGCUGUGGAGUGGCACCGCGUGGUGCUGGAUGAGUUCCACAUGCAGGAGAUCCCCAGGGUGGUGGCGAUGGCGCCGGCGCGCUCCAAGUGGUUCAUGUCGGGCACGCCCAUCGCCAAGGAGGAGAACCCGCGCGAGUCGCUGGCAAAGUUCUGGUCCCAGGCCUACCUGGAUGGCAUCAACCCCACGGGCAAGCUCUCCUCGAAGUUUGGCGCCCAGCCGGCGCUGCUGGCGGCAGUGAUGGCGGCGGUGACAUGCAGGUACACGAAGAACGGCAAUGUUGGGGGGGAGCGCAACCUGGAGCUGCCCGCGCUGCAUGAGAGGGAGGUGCAGGUGACGCUGCUGCGCGACUGCCGGGACCGCUACGACGACGUGCACUUGGACAGGGCGCACACGGCGCGCCGCGAGGACAACGUGUGGAACAAGCUGCGCGUGGUCAACCGCCUGAGGGGCGACCUGGCGGGCGGCAUGAAGGAGGUGAUCCUGGAGACAGAUUCGGAGGCGGAGGAGUACGAUGACGAGUUCGAGGAGGACGAGGUCGACCCCGCGACGGCCAUGGCCUACGCGGCGAUGGGCCUGCCCGUCCCGCGGCCGGAGCGGCCGCAGCGGCCGCAGCGCACGCGGGUGGUGCGGCACUUUGGUGCGAAGACGGAGGCGGUGCUGCAGGAGCUGCGCGACCUGAAGGCUCGGGAGCCCGGCAGCAAGGUCCUGAUCAUGAGCGACUUCCCGGCGGCGCUGGAGGCCAUUGCAGAGGGCCUGCCGUCCCUGGGGCUGCAGCACAGGAACCUCAAGGGCGGCCUGACCCUGGAGCAGCGCAAGCAGGCGGUGGCGGCCUUCCAGACCGACCCACCCACCACCAUAUUCCUGCUGUCCAUGAGGGCCGGCGCAGUUGGGCUCACGCUGACGGCCGCGUCCCACAUGUUCUUGUUGGACCCGCAGCUCAAGCUCUCGACUGAGAUGCAGGCCGUGGGCCGCUGCCACCGAUUUGGGCAGACCAAGGAGGUCACGGUCACCCGCUUCUGGGUCAAGGACUCUGUCGAGUCAAACAUCCGCCGCGUCACGCGCCGGGUCGCCGACGCCGCGGCCGCAGCGGGGCCGGCCGGAGCUGCGGGCGGCAGCGAGGGGCCGGAGGAGGCCGAGGGAGAGGGUGGUGAGGACGAGGAGGCCGCGGCGGCCACAACACGAGCUGAGGACGUGGCCGAAUUCAUGUCAAUGCCCUGGGCCACAAGCUAA